UGUUGGGAAACCUUGAUCUAGGUGCUAUAUAAAGGUAGAGUAAGAAACAAUCUGUGCCCUUAAGAGUUUUCAGUCUAAAUAAGAUUUUGAGAGAGAUAUGUGACUCCACUGAUCUAAUUGUUCUUUUUUUGGAAGAGAUUGAAGGGGAAACUGCUGAUAGAAAAGAUUCUGAGAUGAGAGAUCUUAUAGAUGCACUUACUGCCAAAUUUUCAGUAUUUGAAGUUUGUAUACAAAGAUGUACAAUUAUAUGCCUGUACUUGCCUCUUUUUUAAAUUGAGCAUGUGAGUGUACAGAUCUGCUCUGAGGUAAUCAGUUGUAGUAAUUUUGCACUCAAAUUUACACAUGCAAUUGUACAUGCAUCUCACAAACCAGACCUCUAUUGCUUUAAAUAUUACCCUUAAUGUCUGGAAGAAAAGUUUAGUUUUGAAUGAUUUUUUCCUUUAUUUUUUUUAAAUGAUCUAGAUAGUCACAGCCUUAGUAAGUGCUAUUCUAUUUUUGUGAAUUUGUCCAGAUUACUUAAUUUUACUUGUUGGAGUGCUAUUGCAUUUAGACCUCUUGCUGUUAUGAAACUCCUCCUCCCUUAUGUAAGAGUACCAAGUUAUCUGGGAAACGCAGCACUGUGUGACCACUUUGUGUUCAGGCUGCAGCUGUCAGGAUUUAUUAAUGCCUUUUGGUGGGGAAUUGUUCGCAGUAUGUAACAGACUUGAGUGCUUUUCUAUCUGGGACUAUUUGAGCUAAUUGAAAGGGAAAGUCCAGCAGAUAAACCUUUCUGUAUCUCCUUUAUUUGAAGGCCAGGAGAAUAGAUUCAGUAUUGUAUCACAUAAAAUGGACGUGACACCAUCGCAGUGUAAUCAUCUGAUAUCUGCUGUAUUAACAAGGAAUCUGGAACACAAAGAAGGUAAAAAUGAAGACGAACAGACAGUUGCAGAAAUCAUGAGAAGGCGUUUUUCUCCUUCUGUUUUAACUAACAGAUGUUGGGAAGGUUUUUACUUUGCUGGUCAUGAGAUAAAAAUUACAGAAGGCACUGACUGUUAUGGGGCAUUCGUCUGGCCAUCGGCUCUUGUUCUAUCUCACUUUUUGGAAACAAAUGCUAAACAAUACAGCCUGGUUGAUAAAAGUGUAAUUGAAAUUGGGGCUGGGACAGGGCUGGUCUCCAUAGUAGCCAGUUUACUUGGUGCACAUGUGACUGCCACAGAUCUGCCUGAAUUGCUAGGAAACCUUCAGUACAAUGUUCUAAAAAAUACUACAACGAAAUGUAAGCAUCAGCCCCAGAUUAAAGAACUCUCAUGGGGAGUUGAUUUAGAGAAGAAUUUCCCCAAGUCUUUGUGUCAGUUCGACUACAUCAUGGCUGCUGAUGUGGUAUACUACCAUCCCUUCCUGGAAGAGCUCCUUCUUACCUUCGAUCAUUUGUGUCAGGACAACACUGUUAUUCUCUGGGCCAUGAGAUUCAGGCUGGACAAAGAUAAUCGAUUUAUAGGCAGAUUUCAGGAAUUGUUUGACUUGGAGGUAAUUUGCAAUUUCCCCAGUUUAAACAUAACGUUGUACAAGGCAAUGAGAAGAGGCAAGAAGAUGAUGUGAUGUCCCCUUUGGGUACUAGAAAGUAAGUGUGUGUGUGGGCGGUUUUGAGUUUUUUUUCACAGGUUUCAUGAUAAUGCUUAAUGAUACCUGCAGUUCAUGGUGGUGUUAGGAUUAAACCAAUGUGAUAUCUUUAAUAAAGUGUAAAACCUCUUG